GCUUCUUUCCAGUAAUUACAUCUUUAAUAUAUCUUAGAUGCACAUCUGUUCUCGGUCGGAUACAGCAGAAGACGUGAACUCAAGUCUAACGCCGGCUCCAAGCCAGAAAACCUAGUGGACGGCAUAAAUCCCGACCACCUAGUGACCAAUUACUCGUAUACGAGCUUGUCUACACUGAAAUUAUCGCAAAAACAGAAAUCGGAGGACUCACCAGUCGUUAUGUCGAAAUCGAAGGACAGCAGCUCCUCCGGGGGCUUCCACCAGGAGUACAUCGCAUCUCUUCGCUAUCGCAAUGACUUACCCCCGCCGGACAUGCCCCCGAAGUUUCUAGAAAUUCCUCAUGAGGGUCUUCAACGAUUUCUCACUCCGGGCUUCACGGCUAAUUUGGCCCGCCGUGAGGAGCCUAACAUCGAUGUUGACGCCGAGGGCGGUAUGCCACUCGAUUUGGUCGGUAUCCCCGGCCUGCAUUUGGGCGACGAGAGUGCGAUUAUGGCUCCGGAGGACCCAGAACCGCUUGACCCCGCUGAUCUCUCACUUCUCAUGACACCGGAGCAGCUGAAGAACCCGGCCCCGAAGAACACUAACGUCAGUUUCCUGCGACGCACACAGUACAUCUCCGCCGGGCUCCGUGCGCCGGAUAGUCCAAAGAUUACGACUGUCAGAACAAAGUCGCGUUCCCUCGAUAAGGGCCGGUCGCAAGACGAUCCAAUCUACAUCAAGAAGUACCUACAGAAAGGAUUUGAUAUCGCGUACCCCAAUAGCAAGCAUGUUGGUGAAGAUACGGCUAGCAGUAUCAAGGGUCACACUCCCACGAAGCUAGAAGUUGAUGCGUGGGCUCAUCCAGUGCAUCCUGAUAAUCCCAAGUUGAAGCCGGUCGGGUUCUUUCCUCUGCUUCCUGAUUUGCAGGGAUUUCCUGAUCCGGGAGGCUUUGUUCAAUUCAAAUUUGAUAAGACACCCAUCCAGGAGGCUUCGAACAAAAGAGACAAGCGCAUGGAUGUCGCAAUUCUACAUCCAUCGGCGCCAGAGGAGCGCAUAGUCGAGGAGCACAGCACGAAGACGGCUCUACACAAAUCGAAUCCUAGCGUGUAUCCAGACCCCGGUCCCAUUCCUUGGGACUACGAUCUCUUUCUGCCGGAGAAGAAAGAGAUGGCGAAGAACGUUUCUGCAAGCCUGCAGCUGUCUAACCCGGACCGCAACAAUGAAGACCUGUACACUCACGACGGACCUGACCAUACCAAGUUCCACCGUUACGAUCGAGUUCGCACAUAUGCUACCAGUGCCCAGACCCUCAGUGAUACUCAGAAGCAACGAGACAUUGCGGUGACACUUUUCGAUCCGUCUGAGCUGCGGGCGGGACAGCGUGAAGGCUUGUCCGCGAGACAGACGGCUGCCUACUACUAUCCUAUUCUUGGAAAGACACGCUUGAAGCCCGAGAGAGCCCGAACCAUUGCACAGGCGGGUCUUGCUCCAACGCGUCCCAAGACGAAGGAAGAUCAAGUCGACCAGAUGCAAGUCGUCAUUCGCGAUCCGGACGAGGCAGAGGUUUACAAACGGGCUCAGCACAGACUUGCUAUUGACCCGAAGUAUUCGAAGAGUAUGCCGCCGACUCCAGAAGAGCCCGAGCCAGAAGCCACCAAAGAUGAGGACGAGGUUGAUGCUUCUGGUCACCGCGAGGCAAGCGCUGAGCGGCAGCCGACUCCUCACGACGCUGACGAGGAUGAUGACAUGAGCGAUGAGUGAAUCCACGACCAUAUACGCUCUUCUUAUCGUUUUUGUCCCUCUUCUAUUCUACCACCAUUCUAUCCACGGUGGCAGUGAUAGCUAUAUCCAUCACGCCCCGGCCCAAUCAUCCUCGAGUGUGCACUGCAACUGCUUGCAUACUCUUCAUGUGUCACAAUACAAGACUCUUUGGUUUUUUCACCAAGCCUUACUGUCUUCCGCCACAUCGGAUGCUCACAGCCUGUGCGAAGCAGCUGAACGCGCUCCGGAUGGCUGAGACAAAAAUGAAGCCAUGGUAGCAAAAGCACGGGCGUUGCGAAGUGGUAUAAGUGAUCUUGGAGUUUUGAAACAUAGCGAAAGUUUAGUUCAGUUCCGGUUGGGUUCCCAACCUAAUCUUCUUUUCUGGGGUCGCAUUCCUCUUGCAUUCGCCGACGUUUCGCAUCUAGGAUCUAUAUAAGUGAUGGGCAGAG